AUGUCAUGGAAAGCCAUGACAGUGACAUAUAAACUGCUUAGGGAGGGACACCCCAAGGUACGUUAUAGUAACACUGCAUGUCUCUUUCACCUCUUUGACUACUUCACCUCAGAGAGAACAGUUUAGAACAGUUGAUAGAACUAUUGCCGCACGCAGGCUAAUAUACUGUAAAUAAAGUUUGUUUAGUUUAGGUUCCCUCCUGUAGUAACACUGGAUCAAUAAGAGAUGAUCCUUACUGGACCUCUAGGGAGAACAGUUUAUAACUGAUAGAGCUAUCCAGUAUAAAUAAAGUUAGUUUAGUUUAGGUUUCCUCCUGUUACUAGUAACACUGGAUCAAUAAGAGAUGAUCCUUACUGGACCUCUAGGGAGAACAGUUUAGAACUGAUAGAGUUAUCCAGUAUAAAUGAAGUUAGUUUAGUUUAGGUUCCCUCCUGUAGUAACACUGGAUCAAUAAGAGAUGAUCCUUACUGGACCUAGUAGGGAGAACAGUUUAGAACUGAUAGAGCUAUCCAGUAUAAAUAAAGUUAGUUUAGGUUUCCUCCUGUUACUAGUAACACUGGAUCAAUAAGAGAUGAUCCUUACUGGACCUCUAGGGAGAACAGUUUAGAACUGAUAGAGCUAUCCAGUAUAAAUAAAGUUAGUUUAGUUUAGAUUUCCUCCUGUUACUAGUAACACAGGAUCAAUAAGAGAUGAUCCUUACCUGUACUGGGCCUCUAGGGAGAACAGUUUAGAACUGAUAGAAAAGGUUUCCUCCUGUUACUAGUAACACUGGAUCAAUAAGAGAUGAUCCUUACUGGACCUCUAGGGAGAACAGUUUAGAACUGAUCUAGAGCUGUACAUUAAUAAAUAAAAUUAGUUUAGUUUAGGUUCCCUCCUGUAGUAACACAAGGUGUACAAUUAAUUAAUCAUCAACUUUUUUUAAUUGUCUAGGUUUUAAAAGAGUCUGCAGCUCAGAAGGUGACAUUUGCAGAUCUAAGUAAUUAUUGGGUAAGUACAGCACAUUUGAGGAAAAACUGGCUUUGUAAACCCACUGAGUUGCAGUGUGCCCCAAUGUGCCUCACAUUAUUAUUUUACUCUGUCUAAUGCCAGACAAUUUUACUUGUCAAGGUGAGAGUGCUGGCGGGCACUUGGCUAAUCAGACUAUCCGUCCAAUUGUGUCUAUAUAUUAUUGGUGCUCCAAUGUGCCCUACUUUAUUAUUUUACAGUACUAUGUCUGGGAAAGUGCUGGCACUCGAUGGGUUAAGCUGCAAUGUACCCAAUGUUAUUGUUUCAUUCUGUCUAUAAUUCCAGAUGAUUUUACUCCUCAAAGCUGAUGUCAUAUCAUAAAUUUACAUUUGGUCAAUUUCACUUUAGAAACAUUCACCAGAAGGAAGUUAUGGCAAACUUUCUCACUUGUAUAUAAUAGUAAUAAUGAAGAAAUUAGAUUUUCAUGCUAAGGUAACAAAUGUUGAAAUUGGAUAAUGUGAAUUACUUAUAAUAUUAUAGUGUUAAUCUCUAUUGUAAUGCACUGCAUACUAAUUAUUGUGUUGGAAUAAUUUUUUCUAUGUUUUAGUAUGAAUAUAUUCCUGGAACAAUCCAGCCAAAUAAAUCCGAGGCUAUAAAAUAUCCAACUAGGGAUCCUAAUUAUUUGUAAGUGUUACCCUUUCUUUCCAAGAAAGCUUUUUCUAUCCCGAGUAAAAAGUUUGCUGAGAAUAAUAAUUUAACAGUGAUUUAAUGUUGAAUACAAAACUUUUGAACAGCCAUUCAGCAAUUAAUUUGGUCGGAAUUAGAUGCCUUUUUAUAAUUUGUUUCUUUUUAUUUUAGUUUUGAAUUAGCAAUAGAUAUAUUUGAUCAAUUGGAUGCUUGCUUAGAUUUAUUUGAUGCAGGUCAGCAAUGAUUUUGCUCCAUUAUUUUAAAUUUAAAUUUAGUGGCUGUUAUGAUCAUAGUAGCAUUUUUGCUGGAAAUUGAAACAUUAUUUCAUUCAUGUACAAUUUUAUUUAAUAUGUUUUAGUGUCCAAAAGCCUUAAUCCGUAUAAAUCAAAUUCCCAAAUUCAAGCUGUGCAGUGCAGAAUAUGUCCUUUCCCUAUGUUAAUACAGGUACUAUAAACUUGAACAUGAUUUAAGCCAGUUACAGAUGAGGAAUGUUUCUAUCACAAGUUUUCAUCUGACAUAUUUAUUUACUGGACUGCAUGCAUGUGUAUGCAUUUACUUUGCCAAUUUUCAUAAGUCAGACAUUCCAACUCUCCCGAUUUUACCGUGAGUCUCCAAAAAUUCAUACAAUCUCCUGGUCUCCCGAUUUCUAUCAAAUUCUCCCGAUUUUUCAGAAUAUUCAGGAAAUAUCGUAAAAAAAUCAUAAACUGUCUUUAGCAACAUAAUAGUCUGUUUUGACCUUUUUAUGAAGUUACUUUAUGGCAAUUUACAGGAUCACUUCUAACAACAUCUUCCCAAAAUGCAGCAAACGCCAUUUCAGAAGACUUAAUUUUUAAAAUUUUUUCACAGAAGAACAAGAUUUCAACUCACUGAACAGUCUCCCUAAAUUUUACCUCGAGUUGUUGGAAUGUCUGAUAAGUACACUUGUCCAAAAGCUAGUAUGCUAGUUUUUGAAUGAGUGCACUUGACAUAGAAAAAAUUGGCAAAGUACAAAUUUUGUUCGUCUGUAUGGGUCAACAAAGAAAAUUUGGCAAAGUAAUUAAUGAAUACUUGCAUGCGGUUGGUCCGCUAUCUAUUGAAUGUAAUAGCCAAUAAUAACAUGGAAAAUUUGUUGUAUUGACAAAUAAACUUGCCAUAAAUCAUAACUGAAAACUUGUCAUAUAAACUUGCUCAUCUGUAACUGGCUUUAGUGUAACCACAGAAUAGAAAAUAGUCUAUUUUCUAUUCUGUGGUGUAACUCUUUCCAUAUCCAGCCAUUCCGAAGUUGAUGAGUGGACUGGGGACGAGUGUUAAAAAGUGCCCAAAUUAAGAAAUGAAGCAAAUCACUAAAAAGACCACCUCAAAAUUAGUAAGUAUACAAAGUUUGAAGACGUUUACAUGAAUACCCUUUGAAUCAUAAGCUUUCCGGCGAAAAUUGUGAAAUUGUGUCCCAAAAACAAAAAUUACAAUACAUUUCAUAGUAAAUAUCACGAUUUUCGAAAGCUUAUUAUUCGAAGGAUAUUCAUGUAAACGUCUUCAAACUUUGUAUACUUACUAAUUUUGAGGUGGUCGUUUUAGUGAUUUGGUCCAUUUCUUAAUUUGGGCACUUUUUAACACUCGUCCCCAGUCCACUCAUCAACUACAGUAACGUAAUACUGUGCGAGUAUAUAUAUAAUAUUUAUUAUGACGCAGAUCUCUUUCCUAUUUUUUCAGGAAUGCAGUGCUUUUUAUAAUUUAUCAGUUGAAAUUAUGUACAGACUACACAGAAGUAAGUGGCGAUAGGAAUGGAUUCAAUAAAUUAAAACAGAAAUUUGGUUGAAAAUGUAUAGAAAUAGAAUACAGUACACUGUGUGCAAACCUAUUGCAAAUUGGUAAAGUAGCCAGCAGGUGGCAAAUCAAAUAGCAAGCUUGUCUACAAGUUGUAACAAUGGUGUUAUUUUAUCAAGUUGCUACAAGGUUGUCACCCACAACUUGUUGACAAAUUGUUGAAUUUCAGGACGAUAAAGAGUUGUUAGAACAACUUGUAACAAGUCUGUUGUGCCAUAGGCAUCCCAAAACGGCGUGUAGAAUGCACCAAAUGCUUCCAAAUGUCAAUUUAUAUUAAGCUCGCCCCAUUCCUCUGUAGCUUAAUAUAAAUUGACAUUUGGAAGCAUUUGGUACAUUCUACACGCCGUUUUGGGAUGCCUAUGGUUGUGCUCAACAACCUUGUAGCAAGUUGGCUACAAGCCGUUGACAAAUUGUCAACAAGCUGGGAACAAGCAGUGCGAACACAUCGUUUUUACGUGUGUACACAAGUUCAAGUUAAUGGCGAGUUUGAGUUUGCCUCGAGUUGAUGUCAGCUUUAAGUUUAACCUCAAGUUUAAAGCCUUAUUAUUUACUUUCCUCUGAAUUUAUUCCUGCAGAUGUUUCUUAUUAGCCACUAGACCAGAAGUGUCACUCAGACGAUAUCACAGAGUAGAGACAUACAGAGACGUAACUGACCGUCAUAAACACUGCGGAAGAUUACGUUUUCAUGUACCCACUUUUUUUUCAGGCGACCGGGCAAAAAAUGAUCAACUGCGCGUGCUCAGCAAGUUUAAAAAUGAGUCGUCAUCAGGUCGUCAUGCCGAGCAUGCGCACAAAAAAAGUGGGUACACUAGUUACAACUCUGUAUGUCUCUACUCUGUGACGAUAUUUCGUCCCGAAAUUUUACGUGCUGACGUGAAAAUACGCCAUCAUAUGACGCCAUUCUGGAGUGCACACGGAAGUUUUUCAUGGGUACAAACAUAGGUACAAAGUGCCGUGUGCACUCCAAGAUGGCGUCAUAGCACGUAAAAAAUUUCGGACGUUUUUCCCAAGCCAAAACAUAUAGGAGUGACACUUCUGGUCUAGUAUCUAUUCUGUGACUGGGUUUAGUCCCUUGUUUUGACGAACAAAAAAUAAACAAUAUGCCGAAUAUGGCAUCUAGGAAGUUUUCCUACAUUCCUAAAGUUAUUUGUUCUGCCUGAAACGCAGCAAUUAUAAUAAGGCAUCUUUUAAUAUAUAUUUAGCUCGCUCACUAUAACUUGUUGUCCCUCCAAACGUCCCUCCAAACAUCAACUAGACCCAGUCCUCUGCUCGAUUGGGAAAUGGCUAAUUGAAUACAUUUAUUUUUAGAACUAACACAUGACAUGCUAACUGGUCAUCGUAACAGAUUCUAUCCAAUGUUCCGAAGGCUACAGAAAUUCUUCUUCGAUGCUGGAGCUUUGAGUUAUGUGAUGGCAUUAAUUAGUGUGCCCAAACUACCUCACGUAUGUAUGGUAGUAAAUAACUUGCUUUUACCUGACAAAUAAGUAUAUUAAUACCAGAUAACUCUAUCAGUUAUAUAAUGUUCUCCUUAGAGGCCUAGUAAGGAUCAUCCCUUAUUGAUCCAGCAUUACAGGAGGAAACCUAGACUAAACUAACUUUAUUUUAUAUACUUGAUAGCUCUAUCAGUUUUAAACUGUUCUCCCUAGAGGACCAGUAAGAGUCAUCCCUUAUUAUAUUCAUUGUAAUGUUUGUAAUUUAAUGUUUGUAAUUUAUAAAGUUUUUAAUGUAAUAUUCUCUACGCCCCUUUUGGAAUCAGCUUGUGCUGUAGGGGUUAGCAUAGUCAACCUACCCUAGAGGACCAGUAAGUGUCAUCUCUUAUUGAUCCAGUGUUACUACAGGAGCAAACCUAAAUUAAACUAACUUUAUUUAUAUUGGAUAGCUGUAUCAGUUCUAAACUGUUCUUCCUAGAAGUCCAGUAAGAGCCAUCCCUUAUUGACCCAUUGUUACUACAGGAGGAAACCUAAACUAAACUAACUUUUUUAUACUGCAUAUAGGCUGUGUUCACGUCUAAAUAGGCAAUUCCAGCUUUUAGUUUAUGCCUGCAGGGGAUGAUGGGAAGAAAGGCAUCAUUCUACCUUGAGGUCCAGUAAGGAUCAUCUCUUAUUGAUCUAGUGUAACUACAGGAGGAAACCUAAACUAAACUAACUUUAUAUAUACUGGAUAGCUCUAUCAGUUCUAAACUGUUCUACCUUGAGGUGCAGUAAGGAUCAUCUCUUAUUGAUCCAGUGUUACUACAGGAAGAAACCUAAACUAAACUAACUUUAUUUAUACUGGAUAGCUCUAUCAGUUCUAAACUAUUCUACCUUGAGGUCCAGUAAGGAUCAUCUCUUAUUGAUCUAGUGUAACUACAGGAGGAAACCUAAACUAAACUAACUUUAUAUAUACUGGAUAGCUCUAUCAGUUCUAAACUGUUCUACCUUGAGGUGCAGUAAGGAUCAUCUCUUAUUGAUCCAGUGUUACUACAGGAAGAAACCUAAACUAAACUAACUUUAUUUAUACUGGAUAGCUCUAUCAGUUCUAAACUAUUCUACCUUGAGGUCCAGUAAGGAUCAUCUCUUAUUGAUCCAGUGUUACUACAGGAGGAAACGUGCAAGUACCUGAGAAUACCUGUGGUGUUUAGUGGAGUCAAACUGGCAGCACUCUUCUCACAUGCAAGUGAGGGGAAUAUACAAUUACUUUAUGGUUUCCGUGUUUGGAUGGCCUGAUCCAAACACGCGGGAAUGUUGCGAGGGUUAAGAAAAGCGAGCGAAAUCACGAGCCGAAGGCGAGUGAUUUUGCCCGCUUUUCUUAACUCAAGCAACAUUCCCAAGUGUUUGGAUCAUUCCAUCCAAACACGGAAACCAUAAAGUAAUUGUUUUAUAAAAUAACAACAACACGAUAGCCUUCCGUGUUUGGAUGGCCUGAUCCAAACACGGGUUUCGACCAAUCAGAAUACGCGUUAUGUACAUGUUAUUUUAUAAAUGAUAAUGAGACAACGGCUUAUUUCAUGAAACGAACCCUGAUCUGAAAGACGCAUGCACAACUAACCCCUGUGACAACAACGCUAAAACAGUUUGAGAACACGCAGAGGUAAAUGAUUGCACUGAAAACUCAUUUCUUUACAGGAACCUCCAACAUUUGUUGGUGCAGAGCCAAAACCUGUUGAAGCUCCAAAACCUGUUAAACGUGUCGAAGAGGAGCCUCCACCCCGACCAGUGAGUAUUGCGACUCUAUAUAGAGGGCCUUAAUGGGGGUCUUUGGGUGUCAGUUGUCAGCUAAAAUUUAAGCCAGUAGUCAGUUGUCAGUGCGAUAUAUUGCAAGCUGUCAGUAGUCAGUUACUGCAAAAUGCUGACUCAUCAUUUUUUCAUCAUUUCUCGGUUGUCAGUUAGGAUAUUUUGUCAGUUGUCAGUCAAAAACUCAGGCAAAUGUCAGUAGUCAGUUAACCCCAUUGAGACCCUCUGUAUAGCCUGGAGAGCAGGGGCGGGUGGUUCAAAGGUGGUUAACCCUCGGUGGUAAUUUAACCUGCUGUUUUAGUUGAUAAUAAAAACUGAUGUUUAUUGAAACUCCCUUGCAGUAUUUACACUGAAUUAAAAUUACUAAAUCUAUUUUUACAAAAAUGAAAAUUAUUUAAAAAUAUUUAAAAGUAAAAUAUUGUUCUGAUCUUAAAGUUCUGCAUUUGAUUGUGUUUUCAAACAAAACAGUAUUGUUUUGCCCACUUCGUAGGCUAUACCUGCAUUCGCUCAUCUUAGGUUUUGGGAGCAUAAUUUGUGCAGGGGAUGAUCGUCCUUCUUCAUUUGCAAUAAUCAUAAUUUUUUACAUAACUGUUCACAUUUCCAAUGUUGGUACAGUAUGUAUUUCUGCACGUCUGUUUAUUCAAAAAAAUCUGAGAAAAAAACUGCUAGUGAUCCAGGCAAGAUUUCUGAAGAAAUAUUUCUAAAUUUAUAAACAAGCUGUUGGAAAGUUUGCUUUGAAUUUUAGGUUUACCUAGGGUUAAGCUUUGCAGCAGGCAAUGCAUUUCUCUGACCACACAAAAAUCUAUGUAGUUGAUGAAUAAUGUGAUCUCAAUAAAUCGUGUUUCUUCGUUUGUACUUGAGGUAAAGCAAACCGAUCUACUUGGCAUGAACAGCGCCCCUCACGAAGAUCAAAGGUGAACGGAAGUGAAACUCUGAACCUUUCUAAAUAAUAGCGUUGUGGUGAUUAACCAUUGAAUUGCAUGGUUCUAUUAUUUAGGGAUAAAUUGAUUGAACAACUGACAGCACAAAUUAAACGUCUGGAGGAAAUGCUCUUUAACGAGGAACGAAAGGUAAAAUUGUUAAAAUAUUUUUCAACCCGGGAGUGUAGAAGACGGGGAGCCAUGGUCAUGGAGCAACACUACCUGUAGAGUCUAAGGUGCUAACUCCAAAUUCAAAAUCCGCACUAAAAACAUCAACACUUACGCCCGUAUUCUAAAAGCCCGUAUUCUUACGCCCGUAUUCUUACGCCCGUAUUCUUUUUCUUCAAACAGCUCGUCUCACACCCGUUCAAGUUCGGACAACUUGCUUCGUGUCAAUCAUUGCAGGACUUCUCUCUUUAGGAACUCUUUUUUCAACCGAAUUGUCUUUCUCUGGAAUAAUCUCUCUCCCACCAUUCGUAAUAGUUCAUCCGUUUCCUCCUUUAAAAACAGACUAACUGUUCAUUACUCUUCUCUACUUCAUUCAUCUUUCGAUGUAAACAGAAUGCGCACUUGGAAAACCUUCUGUUCUAAGUGCCGCUCUUUCAACUUAAGCUGUUGUUCGUAAUUCGUCAUGUUUCCUGUAAAUUUUAUAUUUGUUAUCGUCUUUGAUUUAUGUUUGUUAUAGUUUGUUUUCAUUAAGGUUGGUCUUCAUAUGGGGCUAUUCAUGUCCUGUUGACCAUACCUUCAACCAUAUUAUGUAGUUUUUUAGUCUAUUUUAUGUAUGGUUGUAAAGUUAAUAAAUAAAUAAAUAAAUAAAUAAAUAAAAGCUCACUCACACUCAAUGAGUGGAGGUUCAAUCUGAGCUUCUAUUGAGUGUCGAUGCUGUUUUUGAAUAGCUGCAGGGUAGUCACAUAGUAAGGUAAGACAUUAACCCUUCAGCUAUUCAAAAAUAACAUUGACACUCGUGCAAUUGAAGCUCAAAUUGAACCUCCACUCAUUGAGUGUGAGUGAGCUUUUAGAAUACGGGCGUUAGUUGAAUUAACAAUUCUGAAAUGACAAGCCAACUUCAAAAUCAUGCGGAAACAGUGGAGCUAUCUGAACAUGGAGUUUCUGGCUGAAAACUCAAAACUUCCUUCGCCAACUCCGCAUAAAAAAUUCUGCAGGCAUGCUGCAACCGUAAUCAUGUUAGAUCAAUAGACUUACAAAGAAUAUACAUUAUAAUUUCUUUCUGCCAUUAUGCUUAUCGUCAAUAUUUUUAAUUGUUUUUUCCUUCUAGUCAAAAGAAAUGGAAGAUGCGUUACGCUUACGAAUAUCAGAGGUAUGGGGGUGUUCAAAAUUUAUCCUGAUAAAUUAAGAUUAUAGAUCGUUCGGUUUUUAUCAAUUUUCUUUUGUAUAAGACGAAUGUCUUAUAUUCCGCUUCUUUUUUGCCUUCAGCUUAGGGCAGAGCUGCUGGAGCUACGUGAAACUGCCGAUCAAAUGGCAAAAGAAAAUAAUGACUUACAAUCAAGACUCCAGGAAGAAAUGAAAUGUACGUGUCGUAGUAACUAAACUAAACUAACUUUAUUUAUACUGGAUAGCUCUAUUACUGUAUUAGUUCUAAACUGUUCUUCCUAGAGGUCCAGUAAGGAUCGUCUCUUAUUGAUCCAGUAUUACUAAGAGGAAACCUAAACUAAACUAACUUCGUUUAUACUGGAUAGCUCUAUCAGUUCUAAACUGUUCUUCCUAGGGAUCCAGUAAGGAUCAUCUCUUAUUGACCCAGUGUUACUGCAGGAGGAAACCUAAACUAAACUAACUUUUUUAUACUGGAUAGCUCUAUCAGUUCUAAAUUGUUCUUCCUAGAGGUCCAAUAAGAGUCAUCCCUUAUUGAUCCAGUGUUACUACAGGAGGAAACCUAAAUUAAACUAACUUUAUUUAUACUGGAUAGUUGUAUCAGUUCUAAACUGUUCUUCCUAGAAAUCCAGUAAGAGCCAUCUCUUAUUGACCCAUUGUUACUACAGGAGGAAACCUAAACUAAACUAACUUUUUUAUACUGGAUAUAGGCUGUAUUCAUAUCUAGUAUAGGCAAUUCCAGCUUUUAGUUUAUGCGUGCAGGGGAUGAUGGGAAGUAAGGUAUCAUAUUGCCAAUUAUGCUGGAAAAUAUCAAUAAAAACUGCCGAAACAACCGAAAUAUUUCAAUAUUUACAAGUAUAAGCUAUCAUUCCGUGCUUACACGGCCACCAUUUUUAUUUUUUUCAGCAUAAUCAGCAAUGUGGUACCUUACUUCCCAUCGUCCCCUGCACGCAUAAACUAAAAGCUGGAAUUGCCUAUAGGCUUCUAAAUAGGCCUUCACACUGGGUAGGCUGUAUCCUUCUCCUGUGACGUUUGGUGGAGUCAGACUGGAAGCACUCUUCUCACAUGUGCCUGAGAUGAAAUGAUAAUCAGACAACUGUAUAUUACAGGAAUCAAACCUCGGUCACAGAGCUGAAAGACACACGCCCUAACCACUGUUCUGUCAACAAUCCUGAAAAUAAUAAUGUUUUCUAUAACUUAUCUUCUAUUAUAGUGGCAGAGCAAGGCAAGCCGGCUGAGGAGAAAUUUAAUAAAAUAAAACAGAUGUACAGCAAACUACGAACAGAACACGUUCAACUUUUAAGGACG